AUGGCUACUCGGGGACCGCCCGGCGCCCGUGGGAACACCCGCUUUGCCCAGUUCAAGCUGGUAUUGCUGGGCGAGUCGGCCGUGGGGAAGAGCUCGAUCGUAUUGCGUUUUGUGAAGGACCAGUUUGACUCGUACCGGGAAUCAACGAUCGGCGCGGCCUUCCUCACACAGACCAUCUCUCUGGACGAGAACACAACAGUCAAGUUCGAAAUUUGGGAUACGGCCGGCCAGGAACGCUACAAGUCGCUGGCGCCCAUGUACUACCGGAAUGCCAACUGCGCUGUUGUCGUCUACGACAUUACUCAGGCUGCUUCCCUCGACAAGGCGAAAUCCUGGGUCAAGGAGCUGCAGCGGCAGGCAAACGAGAACAUCAUCAUCGCGCUGGCGGGCAACAAGCUGGACCUGGUGGCCGACAACCCGGACAAGCGAGCAGUGCAGACGGCCGACGCCGAGGCCUACGCGCGCGAGGCCGGCCUGCUCUUCUUCGAGACGUCGGCCAAGACGGCCGAGAACGUCCAGGAGCUCUUCACCGCCAUCGCUCGCAAGCUGCCGCUUGAUCAGGUCGGCCCGCGCGGCCAUGCCCGUCCCGGCCAGCGGCCCGGCGUCAGUCUAGCACCGGAGAGCGCGAAUACCCAGGUUGGCGGGCCUUGCGCUUGCUGA